AUAAUCAGUUGAGCUCGUUACCAUCUGUGUUUCUGUGUUUAUCACCUUAUUGGCAUUUGAAUUAUUUGGGCUUUUUCCGCGUAAUUUAUUGAAGUUAGUACGCUUGAGUGCUCUAGUUAAUGAAAGUUUUAAAGAGUUGUGAAACCAGCUCGACGAGCUGUAGCCAGUCAGUGUCAUUAUCAACCGCGUUGGAGGGCCUCGUGUACGAACGCGCGAAGUUAAUUUAUUUUAAAGUACCUACUUCUUCAAUGUGUUGUUGUCUCACCUGAUAACAUAAAUUAAGUCACAGAAUUUGGUUACAAAUUGUGUUGGAUUGUAGUCAAUGUUAAAGCUAAUUUAACAAAAUAUGGACAUUGAACAUGGUGUGACCGUAAAGUUAUUAUUUUUUGCAAAAUCCAAAGAAUUGGCUGGCAUCAAAGAAACAACUGUUCGGUUACCGAAAAAGAUAAGCUACAAACAACUGCUGAAUUACAUUGCUGAACAUUACAACUUACAAUCUAUUAAGGAUAACAUAUUAUUAGCUAAAAACGAAGAAGUCUGCGAAGAGACACUUGAUAUUGAAAUAAGUGAACGAGAUAGCAUUGCUGUGAUACCUCCUCUGAGUGGAGGAUAGUUGUGAUUUAGUCAAUAAUUUAAUUUUACGUAAAAUGGAUCAUCUCAAGUUAACAGUAGAUAAGUUGUCCGUUGAAGCCAUAAACGAUCUAGUGCUUGAUGACAGCUGCGGUGCAGUAUCAAUGUUUGUCGGCACUACUAGAGAUAAUUUUGAAGGAAAAAAGGUGUUGCGGCUUGAAUAUGAAGCAUACGAGCCUAUGGCAUUGAAAGCCAUGAAGAGUAUUUGUGAUGAAGUAAGAAACAAAUGGCCAGCUGUGUACAGCAUAGCUUUGUAUCACAGGCUAGGCAACGUGCCGUGCCGCGAGGCGUCGGUCGUCAUAGCCGUAAGCAGUCCACACAGAGCUGAAUCGUUAGCGGCCGUGGGGCAUAUCAUCGAGAGGCUAAAAGCCAGUGUCCCGAUAUGGAAGCGGGAGGUGUAUGCAACUGCUGCGCCACAAUGGAAGGAAAACACGGAAUGUGUGAUCGAACCUUCAUCAAACUCGUCACCAUCACCGCCACCACAACAGACCGGCUCAGAACAAAUCCUAGACAAGAACUUAAUACAAAUAAAUGUAUCCAGCGAAGAACUGCAGCAGCGAAUACAGAACUUCAUUGAGAGAAAGAGAGAGCAAGUGAACGUAAAUAACAUUAGAGACUUCAUACCGACUAAAGGAGAGAACGAGACGGAAGAAACGGAAACGUGCGCGCGAGUUAGAACGCAAUUCGUUAGGCGAAGCGAUUCUAAAGGGCAUUUGAAAAUCCGCAAAGUGAACAACGAGUGGGGCCCUCAAACGGUAACCCGACGCGAGUUUUCCCAAGACCUGCCGUCCGCCGGCCUACCACCCUCCAUAGCUGAGAGGGUCCUUGCUGUGGAAGACUAUCUGAACAUCAAGUCGGUAUCCCGAGACGUGUUCAAAAGGCUCAAGGAUAUUGAAGACAAGAUCGCGUAUUUGCAGUCGGUGUCGCCGGAGUAUGCUCAGUUUUGGAAAAACAACAGCGUCAAAGACGAAGAGAAAGAGCAGCAUUCAAUGGACUAUACGUUCUCUGCCGACGACAUAGCGCGCAAAAUCGAACUGCUGGAGAAGCAAGCAUCGUAAUUCCUUUUGGUCUUUUUUGACAAGUUCUAAUUUAUCAGUUUUCAAUCA